CUGUUGCAGGUUGCAGCAACACCUCGUUUCCUGAAGUCUUCCCUGCCAGCAGAGGGGAGCAGUGAAUGGGCUAACCCUGCGUGGCUGGAUUUCUGCGAGCUUGCUCUUUGUGUCUCCUCCAUUCCCUCGGUGGUUACUCCCGCCCCCUUCGCCGGAGAGCGGCAGGUCGGAUUUCACAUCCGCGACGUUAUUCAGAGGCUGGGUGGAGGUUCUUACUCUGCGCCGCCAACAACUAGCUGUUUGCGCUCGACAUGUAAUAAAAAUGGCUGAGAGUUGCCACUUGACCUCAUGCGUUCCUCCAGUAGAGUGUCGCCCCAGAUUCCAGCAUCUGCUGUAGUUUAAAUCUCUACACGUAGGCACGGUUGUUGAACAGUGACAUAGAUGGAUGCAGAGAGAAACGAGGUACCUGGCUCAGACUGGGUGGAGAUUAUCGAGCCUAGGACACGCGAACAUAUGUAUGUUAACCUGGUGACAGGUGAGUGUGGCUGGGAUCCUCCACAGCACGUGCAUGUCAGGCAGUCUAGUGAGAACCAGUGGUGGGAGCUCUUUGACCAAAACAACAACCGGUUCUAUUACUACAAUGCCCUCACUAAGCAGACGGUCUGGCAUCGGCCGCAGAACUGUGAUGUCGUCCCUUUGGCGCGGCUCCAGGCGAUGAAACGGAAUUCCCAGUCAGACGGUCGGAGCCAGGCGCCAGUGGAAGGUGCUCAGAUCCGAAGUACUUACAACGUCAAGGGUCGUGCGUUUUCAGCCCAGCUGCUGGGGAUUGAAGGGAUGGAGAAAGGGAGCGAGGCUGCAGGUAUCACACAAGAUCAACAGGAUGCAACAAACAGGAAGGAAUGUGGAAGGACAAAUCCCACCUGGCAGCCUGCCCCAGGCACAAAGGCAUCGAUGCUGGUAAAAGUAGACAGUGGAACGAGUUCGGUCUCCUCGCACGGCUCAGUAACCCAGCAACAGAACACUCCGUCAGCCACUGUGGAGAAGCCCCACUCUGCCAGAGCCCCAAGCCAGGCCCAAGCGCAGCAGGCUGCCUGUUUCCCACUCGGGGGAAAGGCCCCCACCGCCCUCGAGUCCAAGCCAUCCCUACACCUAAAGAAGACCGAAAAUGGGGGCUUCUGCCUUGUGUUGACGAAUGGCCCUCAGCACCAAACCCCCCAGAAGGCCCAUUCUGGGCAAGCGCAGCCUCUGUCUCCAAAGUGUGCCUCUGCAGCCCCCAUUUACGAUGAGCCACCAAUCGAGUCGCCGAUCUACGAUGAACCGCCGAUGGAGGUGGAGCUGGAGGGGGUUCCUCGUGGUAAAGCGGCAGCCCAGAAGGUUGCUGGCCAGGCGUCACAAAAGGGGCCGACGAAGCUGCUUCAGAACUCUGCCUUUCAGCCACAGGGUAUCAAUAAACACGCAAGGAAGCCAUCCAAUACAGAGUACAGUCCAGUCGGCAGAGAAUACAUUAAACAGAUGGUAAACAUUGACCCAGCUUCAAAGCAGACACCUUCCCCGAAUGGCACGUGCAACAGCUCCAUAACUCACUCGGGGCCCUUAGUGGCCAAGGACCACAGCAAGCAGCAGUGGAAGAUCUUGGAUGCAAACUCACUGAAAGGCAACGAGCUACACAGUCGCCAGAGCAGCAUGCAGUCGCAGGAGUACCCAACAUCUGUGAUCAGCCACCAGGACUCGGGUUACUCGACGGGCCCUUCUCCCAGCCUGAGGCGCAGGAAGGGCAGGAGGACCGCAGCAGGCCAGGCCAGGCCUGGGUCCCUGGGCAGCAGCAGCGAACUCAACGUCCUUAACGAGAAGCUGAUGGCGGAGAUGCGGGCGGUGGUGGGCCGGGCCGUGGAGGUCAGGGGCAGCCAGGCAAGCCUGAACGCGGACAUCGCCGAGAGUUGUAUUCUUGCGGACAUUCAUAAGAUUCGCCUGCAGUCCGAAGGCCGCCACCUCAGGCAGUACACUAACCUCUGCUCAAAGGACAACAUUGCAGCCAGCAACAGGUCCUUGCAUAAAUUGAACUCUGAGAUAAGAGCCUCAGUUGACAGUGAACUAUCAACACGGCAGGAAGUUGUCCGUCAGAAAAGAACAUUUGAAAAGGUGGAUUUUUCCAGCAAUUCAUUGGAAAGAAGCAUAACCAGUCAGAUUAGUCUUUCAUUGCCAAGCCCUGUACGGAACACACCACAGGUCCAGAAUGUGGGCGGCAAUCGUAAACUGAACUCAGGUGGACAGACUAUCAACGUGGGCUAUCAUUUUCCUUACACCACCUUGCGCAAGCCCCUUCCGGAGAAGAGUAUGGAAGACUGGGCAGCCAAGCAUCUGAACAUGCACACCCGGGGCAUCUUCAGGCGCCGGCUGUCCAUCGCCAACAUGCUGUCCUGGGUUGGAGGCUCCAUCAAGAAGCCCAUGCUGGUCACCAGCGAUCGGAUCAUCAAGAAAGACGCCUGUGAGCUCUUCAAGUUUGUGCAGAUGUACAUGGGUGACAGGCAGACACGGAUGGAGAGGCUUCCGAUUGCCCUCAUGAUCGUCACCAAGUGCUGGACCAUGCAGGGCAUUCGAGAUGAACUUUACAUCCAGCUGUGCAGGCAGACCACGGACAAUCUCUGCUACCAAAGCUUAGCCUCCGGCUGGGAACUCAUGGCCAUCUGCUUGGCCUUCUUCUCUCCUUCGCCCAAGUUUCAGUCCUACUUGGAGGGGUACAUCUAUCGGCACACUGACCCUACAAAUGAUGUGAAAAUUACCCAACGUAUCAACGAACUACUGGAAAUGAAAAAUAAGAAGUUCUCAAAGUCCAGGAAGAAGAGGAAACAGAAUAUUGAGGAGGAAGAAGAUCUACUUAUCAGCACGUAUGCAAAAUAUUGUUACCGUAAGCUUCAGAAGGUUGCUGUGACUGGAGGAAAAAAGGGCCUGAGGAAACCAACCAUUGAGGAAAUCCACCAUGCAAAAAACGCUAUCCUGACCCCCUCCAUGUUUGGCAGCUCCCUGGAAGAGAUUAUGGAAAGACAACGGGAGCGCUAUCCGGAGAAGAAGCUGCCCUGGGUUCAAACCCAUCUGUCUAAUAAAGUUUUGGGAUUGGGUGGUGCGCAGGUUGAAGGUAUCUUCAGAGUGCCUGGAGAUAUUGAUGAAGUAAAUGCACUGAAACUACAGGUUGAUCAGUGGAGAAUCCCAGACAAUCUUGCUGACCCCCACAUACCAGCCUCCCUGCUCAAGCUGUGGUACCGUGAGCUGGAGGAGCCUCUGAUCCCACAGAAGUUCUACCCACAGUGCGUCAACAACUACGAGAAUCCCGAGGCUGCUGUCGCUGUCGUCGCCUCUCUGCCGGAAAUAAAUCGCCUUGUCCUUGGUUACCUCAUCCACUUUCUCCAGAUCUUUGCACAGCCAGUUAACGUGAGCAAAACCAAGAUGGAUGUCAACAACCUCGCCAUGGUGAUGGCCCCAAACUGCUUGCGCUGCCAGUCCGACGACCCGCGAGUUAUUUUUGAGAACACGCGGAAGGAGAUGUCCUUCAUUCGUCUGCUGAUCGUCCACCUGGACACCAGCUUCGUCAAAGCUGACCUGUGAGAAGCAGGCAGGACACCAGCAGUAAAUCAGCAUGCCUGUCAGUGUUGGGCGGUCCCUUCCACGAGUGGUGCAUGUGUUUGUUUUUCCCUUCGCUCGACCUUCCCCUCUCCCUUUAGAAUAAUUUCCCUCAGUAACAAUGGCUGGACAAUCAUCGUAAGCACAAAUAUUGCCUCUAAUUGCAACCCAGGGCUUGCAGCACAGUCCAAUGCCUUAGUGCUGUUGACUCCUGGUUCCAGUUCCCUGAGUACACGAUGAAAGUUCGAAUCCGAGAAGAGUCUGGGGGUGGAGGAACACUGUGUCCAAGGCGUUGAACAUUGAGUUAAUUACCUAAAAUCCUAAACUUGAGAACUUUCAGUCCAUGUGCAAGUUAAUUUAUUUCUCCACAGCUCAGAAUUUAAAAGGUGCCUUGUUCUUGGAGAAAACCGGACCAAGAUUUGGAUUGGAUUGGAAGGGUUUCUUCAAAACUGUAAACAACAGAGGUGUUUCAGUCUUCAGAGGGACAAGAGUGAAACACCACUGCACUUUUGAGGAAGGGUUACGGGGAAGGUGAUUAGUGGACAUGGGGAGACCACCCUAUUUUGACAUACAACCAGGAGACAAGAGGGGAGUCUGUGCAAACGUGACAGGUUUGAAAGAAAGAAAAACACUGUUUUAACUGGGAUUGUCUCUCUAUUUUUAAAAAGUGAGAUAAAUAAAAGAAACUCAGGAUCCCAGAUUAAAAUCUCAAAAUAGAUGUUUACUUCCACUGGAGAGAAAAGUAGAACAACUGUUACAAAAUGUUUCAGAUACUGCCUUGUGGGGGGGGGGGGGGGAUGCUGAAUUCUUCCAUUAAUCUUGAUGGAGGAUGAUAAAUUUCCUCAAUUUUAAAUCCCUUUGCAAGAUCUUAAUCUGGGUUUCAUGAUGGUACACAAUAGGUAGAGCGUGUGUGUGUCUAAGUGCGCAUGAGCAUACAUUCUUUUUUAUUCUAUUGAUUUGGCCUUGUUUUUUGUCUGAUUCAAUCCCAACAGGGGUUCCCCUAUUUAAAGAGUUUGUUUAAUUAUGUUGUCAGACCGUUAUCAGGUCCUGGUUUUCAUCCAGAGCACGAGUCCCUUCCCAGUUGACUGAAAAGUGGUCCUUAAAUUAGCAAUAGUAUUCAUUUUAAAUCUUUAUCUUCAAAGCACUGGCUGAUAACUUCAGUUCAUGUUUUUCCUCGUCCUUCGUUUGGAAAGCAGACGAAAUACGUUGCCUUAUUGUCAACAGAUGUAUUGCUUUAACCUUUCCUUAAUAAUCGGUCUCAAAACCCACAGGAGGCUUCACCCUAUAUGAUUGCAGAUCCUGUGUCAAGAACUUUAAGGAAAUAAAAACACACUAGGGGGAUGCAAAAUAUUCUGUGAAAAUUGUGAGUCCUUAUAGUGACAUUCAAAUCGUAUUUACUACUUAAGGCAAAAAAAGUACUGGCCCAGUAAACAUGGGCAUUUGAUCUCAGAGGUGAGAGUAUCAGUCUUUAAGUUCUUGGAGUUUAAUUUUUGUUAUUUCAUACUGAAUUAAUUUAUAUUUUGUAAAACAUAUAUCUUCAUUUAGAAUCUGUGCUCAUAAUUUGUUCAAGGAUGAGCAAAAAUUGCUUGUCUAGGAUCUUGAAAGGGACUUUCUGUUUAAAGGUUAUCACUGCUUUUGGCAUUGUGACUUUAAGGAGGUGUGGAAGAAAGCUUUCUCCCCUCAUUCUCUCCAUUUCUGGGUUAGGGGAACUGGGGGGGGGGGGGUAGCUAUGUACAAAUAAACCACACGCACCUGUGCUGCAGCUGAGUCAAGUUUUGAGAAAAGGCAAGCAUUUUUAUCCCAUGGGGGUUAUGACCACUUCUAGAGUCUGUUCUUUCUCCCCACUUCCUCCAUUACAGCUGCUGAACUAAAUUUAUUUUGUAGCAUUUUUGCCUGUGUGAGGGACGCUUUGGGAGGGUGGGGUAAGAGGUCAGGAUAAAGGCUGGAGGCUUCCUCUGUUGGCUCUCACUGUUUUCUUCCUAUUUACACAGUUUGGCAGUGCUUUGAAAGUGACGUGCAAACCUCUUCAGAGAUUGCAACUCUUGAACUGAGUUGCUGAUUGGUGUGAGAUUAAACACAACAUUUCAUUUAAGACAAAUCUGUUGUGAGAGUUUCUGAUUACACUCCCUUAUAAACGAGGAAAAGGGAUCUGUUUCUCUCCAGUAUUUGAAAAGAGCAAAUUAAAUACAAACUCUUUCUGCUCCUCGUUAGCUGCUUGUACAGAAUGACUUUAAUUCAGUUAUCUUUGCUGUGGCUUGGUCUUUUGGCAGCUGAUUAAAUUUUAUGGUUAGGAAGUGGUUUCUUGCUGGAUUGUCUGCACCCAAUGUCUAGACAUGUGCCAAUGAACUCCCCUUCCCUCUCCUUGUGCUACAAGGUGUGGAGUGUUAACAUGGCUGCAAUUCUGUUCUGAUUCCAAGGCAGCGCUCUCUAAAUUCGAACAUUAAAGCUCUUCAAAAUAGUUCACACGUGAGAUUAAUCACGUGAGUUCACGUGUGAACUAUUUUGAAGAGCUUUAAUGUUGCAUUGCUUUUACGGAAUUCACAAAUCAUCCAUGUUGGAAAUAUUUAAAAGUUAGAUGGAACGUUUCCCUGUACACUGCAAACUUUCUCUUUCUUCUUUGGAUCUGCUGUCUGAAGGAGAUGAAAGGAAUGUGAGAUGGCUUCUGUACUUCGGGCUGGAAUCAGGGACUUCCCUGGAAGUGUAUUCAGUCACUUGACUGCAGGGGUUGAUACUUCAUUCUGUUGCCUUCCAUUGCUAGGUUGGGAUAUUCAGUGUGGGGCUCUCAGUUCCUGUUCAGAUUUCCUGGAGCGAUCAGCUCCUGCAGGAGGGUAUGGUUCUGCAGCGGUUUAGAGGAAGUGGUGAGAGGGGAGAGUUCCCAUUCCGAAGAUGGUUCUUCCAACCAUUACCUCACUGCCUGACUUUCCUGAUGUGUAAGACUCCUUUCUCUUCCUGGUCAUCGUGUUUACACAGGCGACACGAGUUCUCCCCCCCACCCCCCAAUUUUGCUUUGCCUAAGACCCUGAGCUCGAUGUAAAUGAAGCCCAAAGAACAGGGACAACUUGGGUCUGACCAUUUCUUAUAUAUUAUACUGAAGAAAAGAUGGGCUUGACUUCUAGGAUUGAUCCUCGGUCAACAGACUAGCCUGGUGAAACACCGAGUCUUUAAUCUGGAUAGACCCUCUCUGUCUUUCUCCACCCACCAUUGAAUCUGCAAAGUCCUUUAACUCUUUCCUGCCCAUACCCCAUUCUCCCUCCUGGAUUCUCACUAUGUCCAAGGUCAAUACUCACCUUGGCAGCUGUCCAACCGGUGGUGGCAACUGGCCCCAAGGAGCCCCUGUCUGUAAAAAUGUAUAAGAGGAUCAAAGCCAAAUAGAUAUUUUUACCCACACUGCAGCUUGCUUUGUGUAUUUUCCACUGAUAUUUAUAUUGCAAAUGCAUUACUGUCCAAAAUGUACUUUACAACAUCCCACAUCGCAGUGAUCCUUUGAAUCCUUUGUAAAACCUUAUGGCUAGCCUUGUUAUCAGAAGGGAGUUAUUUUCUUCUCCUCCUGUGCAACCUCUAGCUUUAUCUAGUUGCAGUUUGCCUUCCCCUGCCAGAGGAAUGCUGCCCUUUUCAGGGUCAGCCGGUGACCGAGGCUGCUGUUCCUCCAGUUCUCCCGCUGUUCAAGCUGCAGGUCUGGUUGGUGACCUCCCCCACCCGUCACCAGCCCUGGAUGCCCUGUGUCCUGAGAAGACUUCCUCAAAUUUGUUCUCCAUACUCGGUGAAAAGAUAGCCCCGUGGUUAUCUCGUAUUAUGGGCUACAAUAGCUUAUCUGAGCCAACAGAGCCACCCGACUCUGUAGCAACGGCAAGCAGGAGUUGUAGUUCCCCUGGGCUCUUGAGAGCAGCAACGCGAACCUUCCCACCCGUGCAUCCUCUGCACCGGUCCCUGGCAUGGUCACACUCUCGCACGGGCAUGAAGUUCGUUUCAGACUGGAUGUGGUACCCCAAAGCCUUGGAGGCUAUCAAGCUCCUCAUCCAAUCUAGGCCAAUCGAAAAGUUGCAUAAGAAGUUAACAUCCUCAAAGAAACAAUACCCCUGUAGCAGGGGAAGGGAAAGUGUCUCAACCUAACUUAUGUCCAUUGAAAAGGCCCAUUUAUGGGAACUAAAUGGAGUUUAUUAACCAGCCAGUGUCGUAGUGCCUUGCAGGGGCGAGGAAGGUUCUUAUUUGCUCUUUUAGUUAAUUUUUUUCCCUGUCCUCUUUGGUUGCCAUUUGCAUAGUUAGAAUUAUGACUGAAUAAACUGCCUGUGAUGUGAAGUUACCAUCGACGAUACAUUAACAGGAAUUUGUAUCAAUGUUUUGGGCCCACAAGCACCAUACAGCACAAUUUCAGCUCUUUUUUUUGUAAAUAGAUUUUUGUUGGCAUCUGAGCAUAAUGAUAAAAUACUAAGGAAUACUUAGUGAUAGGAACAUCUGCAAAAAUGUAAACGUGCAAAGAUGCCAGCGACUUCACAAAGUUAAACCUCAGAAUAUCAAGGUAACGAGAAAACAGGUGCAAUAUCCUGGUUUUUCCUCAUUUCCCAGGACUUCACUAAAGUGACAUUUAUACAGGUUGAAGAGACGUUGAAAAGCUCUAAGCUCAAAAUAAUUGGGUAAGGGACUUGCCACAGUGUGUUGAAUGGAGUAAACCUUAAAGAAAGCAGAACCAAAUAUAUAACCACUUUUGAUUGUGCUCUUUUUUUUUGUACAUGGUUUCUGAACUGUUUUAAAUAAGCAUUAGCAUUACUGUGCAAAAUGUGUUGUAAACUUCCCUGUAAACGUUGCUGUUUGUUCUAUUUUUAAUGGGUUUGUUGCACUUAGCCUCGCCCUUUAUACUGUGAUAUGUUAAAGCUUUUUGGACAGGUUGUAUAAAAGCAGAAUUUUUUUUUGUGUACACUGGAUGUUUCUUUGCAAAGAGAACUGUAAAUAAAAGCUGCAAGAUUCUGACAUACAA